AUGGAGCUCUUGGAGGAGGAUCUCACAUGCCCAAUAUGCUGCUGUCUUUUCGAGGACCCGAGAGUUCUGCCGUGCUCUCACAGCUUCUGCAAGAAGUGUCUCGAGGGCAUCCUGGACGGUAACCGGGGCCCUGCAUGGAGACCACCGUUCAAAUGUCCGACCUGUCGAAAGGAGACCGUGCACAACGGUAUCGCGAGCUUGCAAGUCAAUUACUCCCUACGUGGCAUCGUGGAGAAGUACAACAGGAUUCGAGUGAUGCCGAGGAUGUCGCUCUGCCGAGUUCACAGCGGACAGCCGCUCAACAUCUUCUGCGCCACGGAUCUGAAGCUCAUCUGUGGUUUUUGCGCCACGACAGGUGAUCAUAAAGGACACAAGUUUUGCGCGCUGGAGGAGGCGUAUGAACGCGAGAAGCUCGCGUUUGAGGAGUUGUUUCGUGUCGUGGAGGGCUGGAGGGGUGAGGAGGUGCAUUCGUGCCUGGAAUCGUUAGAGGGAGCGAAGAGGAAAGCGCUGGAGAGGGUCUCGCGGGACGCGGAUCGAGUCUCGGAGUACUUUGAAAAACUUUUGCGCACGCUGGAGCACAAACGGAGCGAGAUCCUCUCGGACUUGGAGACCCUGAAGCUCGCGGUCAUGCAGACCUUUGACCCCGAGAUCAACCAGCUCCGUUCUGCGCUCGAGGAGCAGCGGCGCGCGCUCAGCAUCGCCGAAUCCUUCCGGUCGCUCUCCGACCCACUCACUUUCCUCCAGCAGAUGCAGGACUUAAGAGAUAAGCUUCGCGUCAUUCAGGGAACACCGCUGCCGUCGCGGACAGACGUGGAUGUGGGUUUGCUUGGCCUGCAGAGCUUCGAUGUGAAGGAAUGGGACCGUGUGCGUAUAGGAGAGGUGGACAAGCUGUGUGCCCCCUACGAGAGCAGCACCUACCUGGCUUCGCUGCCCCCUGCUGUCGCUCCGCGCUUCUCCCGUGUGCUGUGGAGAGUUGUUCUGGUUGUCUGUGCGUGCCUCCCCGCGCUGAACUUUCUCCCGUCGGACUGUCUCGCUCUGAGCUUCCAGGAUAAGAUGCUCGCACUCAGUGGCUUGUCUCUGCCGGGUCCUGGAGACAUUGUGCGCUGGUUUGUGUUCUGCUGGAAAGAAGCGGAAGCGAUCUGCACGUUAUUAACCGAGCUGUGUCAGAACUGUAUCUUGGACCUGAUAAACACAACAUCAGAUUUCAUCAGCUGAUUUUAUAACUUCAUUCAUUAGGUACUUUUUUAAUGUGUGCCAAUCUAAUAACUCCAGCAUUUGGGAAAUUUUAUUUGUGUCUCUGUUUUUGAAUGUGUAACAAGAAUGGUUGGUUUAAACAGUCAGCAUUUGUGUGCUAUUAAAUUGCACGGAUUGUGUCUGUUGGUUUUAAAUGGAGAAAAAAAAGUGUGGAUGAAUCGUGGUUUACUAAUGGGAUAACAUUUCCCAAUCUUAAACUUAAUAAAAUGCCUUGUUGACUGAA